AUGUUACCAUUAGAUAUUAUAAUACAUAUUAUAGAUAUCGGUGGAUUGAAUAUUAAAGAUAUAUUUAGUCUAUAUCAAACUAAUAAACUAUUCAGAUUGAAAUUAUCACACCCUUAUUUUUGGAAUAGAGUUUACUACAUAUUAUUCACCAAGAUAUUAAAACAUUAUGAUAUUGAAUUAGAAUUAAUUGAAGAUUAUUAUGAAGCUUGCUUAAGAAUGUAUCAUGAUCAUUUAUCAUUUGAAAUAUAUAUGGAUGAUCCAAAUAAAGAAAAAUUAUUUUAUUUAUCUGAUUUAAUUGAACAAUUUGUUGAUUAUCGAUACCUACCCAUCAUUUACAAUUUAUACAAAAUAGAACAAAAGGAGUUGAAAACAGAGAUAAAUUAUAUUCAAAAACAAGGAGAGACUAUACAAUUUACAAAUUAUAUGAUAUUGAGCAAUAUAUUACAAGCACAAGUGAUUAAUAUCGGUAUACGGAAAUUAAAAAAAUUGACAAAAGUACUUGAACCCGAUUUUAAUUGGUAUGAACAAGUUUGGUUUUCAAUUGCAUCAUGUCAACGAAACAGUUUUGAUUUGGUCCAGAAUAGAACAAGUUAUCUAAAUAAAAUAAGGUUGAAAUAUAAAAAAUAUUUCAUUGAGCGAUAUCCUCAAUAUACUAAUGGUGGUCAUUUAGAAUCAUUUGAAUGGUAUAUGCAAUUUAUAGCAUCUCAAUUAUAUCAUAUAUAUCGAUGGAUUGAUCAACAAUGGGAUUGGCUGCGAUAUAUACAAGAGAAUUAUAAUAUUUUAUAUUUAUAUUCAAGAAAGCGAUAUACUAGUGCUUUAUUAAUUGCUUCAGUUGCUAUUAAAAUACUUCAUGAAGUUGUUAAUUUUGAUAAAUUGACAAUUGAAGGUAUGGGACCUGCACCAAAACCAAGUAUUUCCAAAUAUGCAAUUGUUGUUAAAGAUCGAUGUUUUCCAGUUAUCGAAGCUGCUGAGUUAAUCUUUCGUGAAAUGUCAUUAUGUCAAUAUGCAGAACUAGAAACAUUAAUGAAACCAUUAAAAGUUACUGAAAUUCCAUAUUUAUUAAAAGUUGUAACUGAAGAAUUAGAUUUAUCAUGGAGGAAAAUAAAAAAUCAUGGGUUUCCAUUAAGAGAUAAUACAACAACAUAUAAUAUAAUAAUGCAUGGGAUAGAGAAUAAUGUUAAUCUUACAUUUAGAGAAUUCACUCCAGUUAUUGAAGAUCUUGCAGUAAAAGAAUUUACUACUGAUUUUUCAAAUUAUGGGAAUUUAGUAAUUACCAAACGUACUGGUCAAUUAGGUAUAAUUACUGGAAAGAAAUAUUAUAAGAAUUCAGAAGGAAAUGUUACAAGUAUUGAAUUAUUCAUGGUUAAGACAUUAGAUGGCUCCAAUCAUAUAUUAAGAAGAGAAUCAUUUAAUAUAUCAAUUAUUGAUCAUCAUUAUAUAUUUAGUUUUUUAAAUACUUUUGGAUUUGAAAAUUUAUAUAUAUGUGGAUUUGAUAGUUUUACAAUUUUUCCAACUCGUAUCAAAUUUCAUAGUUUUAUACACAAUGAAUAG